AUGAAAACUGCAAACCUGAACGUUUCUCAGCGGUGCGAGGGGGCGCUGUGGACCACGCGUGCGGACGGGCGCGUGCGCCUGCGUGUGGACGCGCUGAGCCCGCAGCCGCCGUACACGGUGCACCGCAUGUUCCGCGAGGCGCUGGGCCGGUACGGGGCGCUGCCCGCGCUGGGCGUCAAGCGCCGCGGCCGCUGGGAGCGCGUGACCUACGCGCAGUACUACGAGCGGGCGCGCGGGGCCGCCAAGGGCUUCCUCAAGCUCGGCCUGGAGCCGGCGCACUGCGUGGCCAUCCUCGGCUUCAACUCCCCCGAGUGGUUCUUCUCCGCCGUGGGCACCGUGUUUGCGGGGGGCAUCGUCACGGGCAUCUACACCACCAGCUCCCCCGAGGCCUGCCACUACAUCGCGCACGACAGCCGCGCCAACAUCGUCGUGGUGGACACGCGGAGGCAGCUGGACAAGAUCCUCCAGAUCUGGCGGGACCUGCCUCACCUCAAGGCUGUGGUCAUCUACGAGGAGCCCCCGCCGCGGGGGGCGAGCAGCGUGUACACGAUGGAGGAGGUGAUGGAGCUGGGGCGGGAGCUGCCCGAGGAGACCCUGGACGCCAUCAUCGCCGCCCAGCAGCCCAACCAGUGCUGCUCGCUGGUCUACACCUCGGGCACCACCGGGAACCCCAAGGGCGUCAUGCUGAGUCAGGACAGCAUCACGUGGACGGCGCGGUACGGCAGCCAGGCCGGCGACAUCCAGCCCGCCGAGGUGCAGCAGGAGGUGGUGGUGAGCUACCUGCCGCUCAGCCACAUCGCCGCGCAGAUGUACGACCUGUGGACCGGCAUCCAGUGGGGGGCGCAGGUGUGCUUCGCCCAGCCCGACGCCCUCAAGGGGAGCCUGGUGACGACGCUGCGGGAGGUGGAGCCCACGUCGCACAUGGGGGUGCCGCGCGUGUGGGAGAAGAUCAUGGAGCGCAUCCAGGAGCUCGCGGCCCAGUCCGGCUUCCUCCGGCGCAAGAUGCUCCUGUGGGCCAUGUCGGUGGCUCUGGAGCAGAACCUCGUCUGCCCGCACAGCGACCUGAAGCCCCUGGCGGCGCGGCUGGCGGAUUACCUGGUGCUGGCCGGGGUGCGCCGGGCGCUGGGCUUCGCCCGGUGUCGGAAGAACUUCUACGGGGCGGCGCCCAUGACGGCCGAGACGCUGCGCUUCUUCCUGGGCCUCAACAUCCCGCUGUACGCCGGCUACGGCCUCACCGAGUCCGCGGGCCCGCACUUCAUGUCCAGCCCCUGCAACUACCGCCUGUACAGCUCGGGCCGGCUGGUGCCGGGCUGCCAGGUGAAGCUGCUGAACCCCGACGCGGAGGGCGUGGGCGAGGUGUGCCUGUGGGGGGCACCGUGUUUCAUGGGGUACCUCAACAUGGAGGACAAGACGCGCGAGGCCCUGGACACCGACGGCUGGCUGCGCACGGGCGACGCGGGCCGCCUGGACGAGGACGGCUUCCUCUACAUCACGGGGCGCCUCAAAGAGCUGAUCAUCACCGCGGGCGGGGAGAACGUGGCCCCGGUGCCCAUCGAGGAGGCGGUGAAGACGGAGCUGCCCAUCCUCAGCAACGCCAUGCUCGUCGGGGACCAGAGGAAGUUCCUCUCCAUGCUGCUCACCUUGAAGUGCACGGUGGAUCCGGACACGCUGGAGCCCACGGACCGCCUGACGGAGAAGGCGGUGGAGUUCUGCCAGCGCGUGGGCAGCAAGGCCAGCACGGUGUCGGAGAUCGUGGGGCGGCGGGACGAGGCCGUGUACCGCGCCAUCGCCGAGGGCAUCGGCAGGGUGAACGCCCACGCCGCCGCCAGGCCGCACCGCGUGCAGAAGUGGGCCAUCCUCGAGCGGGACUUCUCCAUCGGGGGCGGGAGCUAGGUCCCACCAUGAAACUGAAAAGGCUCACAGUUCUGGAAAAAUACAAAGAUGUCAUUGAUUCUUUUACCAAGAGCAGAAGAAGUAGGGAGAAGGGCCGCCCUGCGGCGUCUUCUGAAUAGAUAGUUGGCUGAAUUCCAAGCGUUUUCCAGCCUGAGCACAGAAACUUCUGGCAAGUCUCCCCACCCCCACCCUGGUCAG